AUGGCGCUGCCGCCCUUCUUCGCCCCCGGCCGCCCGGGCCCGCCGCCCCCGGCCCCUUUCGGCUGCCCGCCGCCGCCGCUGCCCGCUCCGGCUUUCCCGCCGCCGCCGCCGCUGCCAAUGCCGCAGCGGCCCGGCCCCUUCCUGCAGCCCCCGGCCGAGGCCUUCUACCCCGCGCCGUUGCCGCCGCCCCUGCAGCCGCCUCCGCCCCAGUGCCGGCCGCCGCCGGGCAGUGACCCCGGGGAGCCGCCCUGGAGCCCGCGCUGGCCCGAAGCGCCGCCGCCGCCCGACCCGCCGCCGGGGGACGAGAUCCUGCAGCGGCUGCACGAGCGGCUGCGCGACCGGCAGUGGCUGGAGGCGGCCUUCGGGGCCUCGCGGCGGGCGGCCGGCCCCAAGCCCCCCCGGGCGCCCCCGGGACCCAGCCUGGGCGAGGUGCGCGCGCGUCUCGGCGGGGCCCUGCGCCUGGCGCGGCGGCUGCGCGGCCUGAGCCGGGCCCUGCGCGAGGCGGAGGCGGACGGGCCGGCGUGGGCGCGGCUGCACGCCGAGGCCGCCCCGCUGCGCGCCGAGCUGGCCGAGCGCCUGCAGCCGCUCACUCAGGCCGCCUACCUGGGCGACGCGCGCCGGCGGCUCGAGCGGGUCCGGCGCCGCCGCCUGCGGCUCCGCGAGCGCGCCCGGGAGCGCCGGGCCGAGCGGGAGGCGGAAAGCGCCCGCGCCGUGGAGCGCGAGCGCGAGAUCGACCGCUGGCGGGUCAAGUGCGUGCAGGAGGUGGAGGAGAAGCAGCGGGAGCAGGAACUUAAAGCUGCUGCUGAUGGCGUCUUGUCAGAAGUGAGGAAGAAACAAGCAGACACCAAAAGGAUGGUGGAUAUUCUUCGGGCCCUGGAGAAAUUGAGGAAACUCAGAAAAGAGGCUGCAGCAAGGAAAGGGGUUUGUCCUCCAGCCUCAGCUGAUGAGACUUUUGAGCAUCAUCUUCAGCGACUGAGAAAACUUAUGAAGAAGCGCUCUGAACUAUAUGAAGCAGAGGAAAGAGCCCUCAGAGUGAUGUUGGAAGGAGAACAGGAAGAAGAGAGGAAAAGAGAGUUAGAAAAGAAACAGAGAAAAGAGAAAGAAAAAAUUUUACUUCAGAAGCGUGAAAUUGAGUCCAAAUUAUUUGGGGAUCCAGAUGAAUUCCCACUUGCUCACCUCUUACAGCCUUUUCGACAGUAUUACCUUCAAGCAGAGCACUCCCUGCCUGCGCUCAUUCAGAUAAGACAUGACUGGGAUCAGUACCUGGUGCCAGCGGAUCACCCCAAAGGCCACUCUGUUCCGCAAGGAUGGGUUCUUCCUCCUCCUCCCAGCAAUGACAUAUGGGCCACCGCCGUUAAGCUGCAUUAGUCAAGAUGCUCCUGGAGUGAGUCCAGCCCUGAGUUACCCAGGCUGCAUUGUUACUGUGGACUAAACAACU